CCGCUUCCUCCCCUGGAUGCGGUCAGGCCGGUGCCGGGAGCGGAACGAAGCGCUGCCCGCGGCCGCCCCGCCGGGACUGUGCGGUGCGGGGUGUCCCCUGGUCCAGCAUGGAGUACUCAGUCCUGGGCAUCCUGGUGCCGCUGCUCGGCUGGUUCCUCUCCGCGGCAUCCAGCACACGCCCGGAGUGCAUCAUCAUGCAGGAGAUUGAAGAGGAACGAAGCCAGUGCUUUGCAGAUCUCAUUGGGGAUAACCAGACUUCAGGUUGCAGAAGGCAGUGGGACAACAUCACAUGCUGGCCUGAGGCCGAGGUGGGAGAAGUUGUGGUCCGGCCAUGCCCGAAGUACUUCAGAUUCCUCACCACUUUUCUGGGGAAUGUGACCAGGAAUUGUACAAGCCAGGGCUGGACAGAUGUGUACCCUGCACCAUAUGCUGUAGCUUGUGGCUAUGAUUCCAACAGUACUCCAGGGGAAGAGCAAACGGCGUUCUACGGCACGGUCAAGACUGGCUACACCAUUGGACACACACUAUCACUCAUUGCUCUCACAGCUGCUAUGAUCAUUUUAUGUCUCUUCAGAAAACUCCACUGCACUCGCAAUUAUAUUCAUAUGCAUCUCUUCAUGUCCUUCAUCAUGAGAGCCAUCGCAGUCUUCAUCAAAGAUGUCAUCCUGUUUGAAAGUGGAGAGUCUGAACACUGCUUUGUGAGCUCAGUAGGCUGCAAAGCCAUGAUGGUUUUCUUCCAGUACUGCAUCAUGGCCAACUUCUUCUGGCUCCUUGUGGAGGGGCUGUAUCUUCACACUCUGCUGGUCAUCUCCUUCUUUUCAGAGAGGAAAUACUUUUGGUGGUACAUCUUGAUUGGCUGGGGUGCCCCCUCCGUGUUCAUCACUGCUUGGACUAUUGUCAGGAUUUACUUUUUCGAUGUUGGGUGCUGGGAGGAAAUAGUGGAAUCCCCCUUCUGGUGGAUCAUUAAAACUCCUAUUUUGGUGUCUAUUUUGGUGAACUUCAUUCUCUUCAUCUGCAUCAUCCGCAUCUUAGUGCAGAAGUUGCAUUCUCCAGACGUUGGGCACAACGAAACCAGCCAAUAUUCGAGGCUGGCCAAGUCCACCUUGCUGCUGAUCCCUCUCUUUGGCAUUCACUACAUCAUGUUUGCUUUCUUCCCUGACAAUUUCAAAGCAGAAGUGAAGCUGGUCUUUGAGCUCGUGGUUGGGUCAUUCCAGGGAUUUGUGGUGGCUGUUCUCUACUGCUUCCUCAAUGGAGAGGUCCAAGCCGAACUGAAGCGAAAGUGGCGGAGGUGGCAUCUGGAACGGUUCCUGGGCUCAGACAUGAAGUAUCACCACCCUUCCUUAGGCAGCAAUGGAACUAACUUCAGCACCCAGAUCUCCAUGCUGACCAAGUGCUCACCAAAGACACGCCGCUGCUCUGGCUUCCAGGCAGAGUUCUCCCUGGUGUGAUGGGUAGAGGCUCUCCAACCGCUGGACAUCCAAGAGAAACACUGAGAGACAGAGGGAUCCCCAGGAAUCAGUGAUAUGAUGACAAACCCUUGUGAAAUGACAUGCUCCACAUGAGCCAACAGAGGACACAGAACUGGAAAAGCCACUGGCAUCCAGGACAAGAUCAGACGAGCCGAGAGGCAGAGAAAUACUUUUCCUCUUCCUCUUUCCAGACCUUCAGCUCUGAAGUUUCGAGCCCUCAGGGGUUGAUCACUAUGAGUAAAGGUCCCAUUCACUUGAGGAAAGCCUGGGGGAUCCUGGUGUGUCACACAUAAUGAAGUAUGGGGGGUAAGGGAGGGGAGAGCCCGAGUCCUUGGUGGCUUUACCAGGACCGGCAUCUCUGACACAGAUCAUUUGCACUUUUUAAUACAUGAGCCAGUGAAGGAGAGAGGGAGGCAAGCAGCAGGAAAAAAACGACUGUGCCAAACCUAUGAAUGUGCCAAAAAAGUCUCAGUGAUAAGAGGUGGCAACAAGGCACCAAAGGCAGACUUGGGGACAUGGGGAGAAGGGACGGGAAGGAACAUAAGCAGGAAGG